GUAAACACAUUAAAUACAGUUGUUGUUUGAAUUUGGUACUUCAUAAUUCUCAUUUUUGGCCAAAAUUGAAUGAAUUUUGAAUUCUGAAUUGAUUCAAAAAAAAUGAACAUCUUUAAUUUGUUAUCGAUUUUAAUAUUUGUAUUGUUUGCAUAUGCAGAUGAAAAUAUAGUUUCAAUGAAAAAUGAUGUAUGUGCAGAUGAAUGCGAUCCAAGUGAUUGUCCAGUUCCAAAUAGUGAAUGUCUUGCUGGUUUGGUAAAAGAUCAUUGUGAUUGUUGUUUUGGUUGUGGACAACGUGAAGGAGAAAGAUGUUAUGAAAAUAAAUUUAAAAAUCAAUUACCCGAUGAUUAUCCAGAAUAUCCAAAAUGUGGUGAUGAUCUUGAAUGUUUAAUUCGUACCGAUCAGGAACCAACCGAUAAACCAGAAGCAAUUUGUUAUUGUACAAAAAAUGAACCAAUUUGUGGAAAUGAUGGUAUAACAUAUGAAAAUCGUUGUCAAUUUACUGAAGCCAGAUAUAAAAAUCGUAAUAAAUUAUUUGAAGUUGAUAAUCAACCUUGUAAACAACGACCACAAAUAAUUUCACCACCAAUAGAUACAACAAAUAAUACUGGUAGUUCAAUUAGUUUUUCAUGUGAAGCAACUGGAUGGCCAUUACCAUCGAUUGAAUGGCGAAUUGAACGUAAUAAUGAUGGUGUUGGUGGUUUGAUUGAAAUACCGAUAUUAUCCGAAGAGACACAUUUUGAAAUUCGUACAAAUCAAAGUACUGAUUAUGCAAUGAUUAGUUGGCUACAAAUAAUCGAUGCACAACGUGAUGAUUCGGGUAAUUAUUUUUGUGUUGCUAUUAACACCGAAGGUGAAGAUAAAACCAGUGCUUAUUUAACGAUUGGAAAUUUUCAAAAAAGAUUUGAUAUUAUUGAAGAAUGAUUGUUUUUCAUUUUCAUUGAUUCAAAUCAAAAUGAA